AUGAAAUAAGGUGAUCAUUUAAGUUCAACAACAAUCAUAGUUUCUUCUGGAUUGGCUAGCGUGAUUAGCACAAUCAUAAGUAAUCCUUUUGAAGUGUUGAAAAUAAGAUUGCAGGUAGACAAGAUGCAUUGCCAUGAACAUUAACAUCAACGCAAUCCCCUGAGAAGCAAACCAAAAUUUAAAUAUAUUCAUGAGAUAGCAUUAACAGGACAAUCAACAAGGCAUUAAUUAAAUCAUUAUGGGAUGCUCUCAAAAUCGUUGAAAUUAUGGAGACCGCAUAGAAUGAUUAAUGUUAUCGGAAAAUCUUAGGCCACAAACCCCUUAAUUAAAAUUUAUUAGAAUUGUACUUGCAUUACCACAAACUCUCUGGUUUAGGCCUUUUAACACAUCUACGCACAUGAAGGAGCAUCGACAUUCUUCAACGGAUGGAGAUAUGCAGUAUUAUAAGCAGGAGCAUCAAAUGUAUGCUACUUCAUGUUUUACGAAAGAACAAGGAAAUUCUUAUAAUAAUUGGAAUUGCCUUCAAGUCGAUUGGUGGUUCCCUUAUUGGCCAGCUCAUUCAGUAGAGCAUUGACAACAACAAUCACAUUUCCCUUGGAAUAUUGGAAAGUAUUACAGUCAUCCACAGUGGGAUAUUCGAAGCUAAAGAACAUUCAAUUAGGUACUCAACUACACUCAGCAUAUCUAAUAACCAUUCAAAGAGAUAUUUUAUUUUCGUGCAUCUAUUGGAGUCUUCUAGAAAAUUUGAAAAUAGAAUUAGGAAAGGUUUUACACGAUUUGCCAAAUGCAGUGAAUCUGCUUUCAGCAAUGAUGGCCAGCAGUGUGACUGCUACAAUGACACUUCCUUUGGAUGUAGUGAAAACAAGAAAGCAAGUUAGUACAAGAAGCGAUUUGGGUUAGAGUGGAUAGAUGGCAACAAUGGAGAUUUUGUAGCACAUUUAUAAUGAGGAAGGUUUGAAGGGAUUGUUUAAGGGAUAUCAGCCUAGAAUUGCUAAGGUUACGAUGCAUUCUGGGUUAGUCUAUAUGAUGUAUGAGUACCUUAAACAAUUGUUCUGA